UCCUAGUACUUCCAGGCAACCUCAGAGCCCGCCCCAGCAGCUCUUGAAAAAAAAUGUCCGCCCUAACCUCCGAAACGAACCCUUGAACAUUUCUCCUUCGAAAACAGUAGUUCGAGGUGACAGUUCUAAAUUAACUCAAAAUGCCCUUCAAAGUUCACUGAAAACCUCACUAAAAACCUCAAAAAAUCAGACAGGACCAAUGAGUGAACCCAUCAAGUGACAACUGAAGCCCUCCAAAUAAAACAAUCUCAACAAUGAAUUGUCGCACAAGAAUCUUGUCGAGUUCAUCAGUGCUGACAAGGGGUCUGGCCUCACGUGUGAAAAGGAAGAAUCACUAUGACAGUCUGGAGGUGGACUCGAAGGCGACUCAGGGUGAGAUAAAAUCCGCAUAUUUCAAGCUGACAAUGCAGUAUCAUCCUGACAAAAAUAGCAGUGAAGCUGCCAAGGUCAAGUUUAGGGACAUAGCAGAGGCCUACGAGGUCCUGGGAAAUUACCAGAAGAGGAAGCAGUACGACAGGGGAAUGCAGAUCAAGGUGGAUCAGGGUCAAGAGACUAGGCGAUCUGAGGGUUACAAGCCCCAGGAUAUCGAGAAGGAGGCCUCCAGGGUGAGGUCUGCUAUUCAUCGCCACAGCUCUGAGGUGCCUGGGGGUGGCAAGAUGUACGAUUUCGAUCGGUGGACCAAGGAACAUUACGGGACCACCUUCAAGAAGACGUGGGUCACGAAGGAAGAGGUGAAGAGGUCGCAGAAGCAGAAGGACGCGAUAACAUCGGAGCAGAAUCUACAUGCGACGGAGAAGUUGUUAUUGACUCUAAUUCUUUGUCUGCUCGGUGUGAUCAUGGGGCUGAUCACUAGUAGUAAUACGUUUGAUAUUCCGGUGGCUGGGGAUGGAGAGAAACGGACGGAGGGCGGUACCUGAUGAGAGAUUAGUUUUCGUGUAAUUUAAUUGUUGCUUUGUAAAUAGUAGGAGAUUGUUGAAUAAAUCCGAUUUAUCAAGAGGAA